UCCAUUCAUUAUAUUGUUUACAAUAUAUUUAUCUAUUAUUUCUUCAGUUUUUUUCUUUAUUCUCCAGUUUAAAUAAAUAAUUUACUAUCCUUUAUUGAAUCUUGUUGAUAUAAUAAACAUACACCAUUGUCAAUAUGAUGAACACAUCAAAGUUCAUUGAUUCGUCUUUAUUUUUUAAUAAAAUAUUUAUUGUAAGUGUGUUUUUCAAUUUAUUCAUUUAAAAAGUAGUGCCUUUGGGAUAAAAAAGUCAAUAAAUUCAAUUAAACCACAGCGAGAGAGAGAUAAGAAAAGUAUAAUCAUUGCGCUACCAACAAAAUCAAUGAAAUAAAAAAUAAAAACAAAAAAAAAAAUUAACUCGUUUUACCUCCUCCGACAGAGUAGAAAUAUCGUAGAAAACAUAGUUCACACACAAGAGUAGGUACCACUCAACAAAGUACACAUUAAAAUAUAAUAGUUUCCAAGUUAUACAACUUGAAAGUAUAAAAAGAAUGGCGGUGGUUUUGAGAACUUUGUCAAAUGGCAAAACCCAUUACCGGCAACGAAAUAAAGUUCUGCAAACUGUUUUACUCGUCUGCUUGUCAGCGCUGCUGGUGGGUGGAGACGAUUCACCUGCGACAGCCGUUCCAAGUAUGCAGCAGCAGCAAAGUAGUCUGGCGGCGGCGGCGGCGGUGCCGUCUGCCAAACCUCUUGUCGGUUCUAUAUUGGACUUUAGCCCCAAUUGCUCUAGCGUAACGCACAUCUUUGAAGGUCGUGGGAUUCCUCUGGCGGAUAUACCACAAAAGCCAAGCAAUGAAAUGGUUCUGAGGUACUGUGAAUCACCAUCAGUUGGAACGUGUUGUACUUAUAAUAUGGAAACAAAGAUGGCCAUGUCUUCCAGACUACAUCUGGAGAAGAAUUCCAAAGAAGAAAUAAACAGACUAUCGUCAGUGCUGGGUGCUAAAGCACAUAAACUCAAUGAUGUGUUUAACCAGCUCCUUGCAGAAUCUAAAAAAGAAUUCCACUCAAUGUUUAAGAGAACAUACGGCGUUAUAUAUGAACAAAAUGCAUAUGUAUUUUCUGACUUGUUUACGGAACUGGAAAAAUAUUACUCCCGUGGAAAGGUUGAUCUUGGCGAAGCAAUGGAUUCAUUUUUUAACACACUUUAUCAAAAGAUGUUUACAGUUUUGAACGCACAAUUUGCCUUUGAUGAUAAAUAUUUAGGCUGUGUUAGCGAGCAUAUGAAAGAACUGAAACCAUUCGGAGAUGUGCCCGAUAAACUAUCCGUCCAAAUAAAGAGAUCGUUUGUUGCGACACGAACAUAUGCCCAAGCACUAAUGACGGCCGCUGAUGUUACGAAGAAAAUGAUUAAUAUUCGCUUAAACGCUGACUGCACGGCUGCGCUAACAAAGAUGCAACAUUGUGGUGCAUGCAAGGGCUACGUGGAGAAACCUUGUACGAACUACUGUGUGAAUGUGAUGAAAGGUUGCUUACACUAUUUCCAUGAGCUGGAUAUGGAAUGGGAUAAUUUUGUUUCUUCGAUGGAAAAAGUUUCUGAACGUUUGUUGGGCUCAUUUAAUAUUGUCAUGGUUGUGGAGCCAAUCAACAUAAAAAUCUCUGAGGCAAUUAUGAAUUUCCAGGAAGCAGGGCAAGACAUAUCAAAUCAGGUAUUCCAAGGCUGUGGUCGCCCUUCGUUGGGUCGAAAAAAACGUACAAUAAACCCAAAGUUCUUAGAACCCAGCAAUCAAAUGGCUUCGAGUGAGAGCAUGGAAGCCGGUAUUAUCGAUAUUGAUAUCGAUGCCACACUUGAUAAUGAAAUCAUACUAAAAGAAAAUGCUCAGCAGCGUGUUAAGCGUACUAUCGAAUCCGAAUCCGAUGAUGUUGCUGUUUCUGAUCAAGAACAAAAUAACCCACCUAAAAAGGGUGGUGGAGGAGGUGGUGGUGGAAGGAAGAACAAAAAAAAGCAGGGAAAUAGAAAAAAUGACGAUAGUGACUAUGUAACACGUGAACCAGUGCUGGAUAAACUCAUCAAAGAGAUCAGACAAAAGGUUAAGGAAUCGAAAAAAUUCUGGUCAAAUUUACCAUAUCAAAUAUGCAACAACGAAGAUAUAGCCGCUUCAUCUGAUGCCGACAAUAAUUGUUGGAAUGGUCAUACAGUAGAUAGAUAUAUGCACUCAGUGACCACAGAACAUGGAUCUUCUAAUCCUGAGUUCCCUGGCAAUCCAACAUCGACCAAGCAACAAAGUUCUGUAACUUCUCAACUAUUCUAUUUAAAAACUGCCAUUAGUCAUUUAAGAAAUGCCUAUAACGGCCAAGAUGUUGAAUGGUCCGAUCAAGAAGAACCCUACUUUGGCAGUGGUUCAGGAUCUGGUGGCGGAAUCGAUGACGAAGACGAUGAUGACGAGGGUUCAGGUCUUGGUCCUGGUUCAUAUCCCACAUUUCAUAAGCCAACUACUGCCAGCGGCAAUACUGAGCAUCCGUCAGUGCGUGUCAAUAAAAUUGAUAAUAGCGAUGAUGAAGACGACGUUGGUGGUGGCGUCGACGAACACACUUCAGGUCCAAGUCGUAAUGAAGGUUCAAUCGACAGUGGUGGUGGCACCCAUAGAAAUUCACAUGAAGAUGAAGAUGAAGUCGAUGAUAAUCAUCUGGAGAAUGAACCCAAAUACAGCAGUGCAACAAAACUGAAAUAUAUCCGAUGGUCGUCGGUGCUUAUGUACUUACUACUCAUCCCAUUCUUUACUACUGUGAUUCGAUUAAGUGGAAAUCAACACAAUUUGGAUUUUCUGUGAUUCUGAAAAAAAAACUUCCGGAGGUCUUGUGUUUAUAUUAUUUUAUUAUUUUUUUUUUUUUAUUAACUUAAAUUUAAGAAUCGAUUUCUGAAAGUGAGGAAUAAUAGUGUGUGUUUGAGGAGUCGAAACUGCAUUGAGGGGUAUUUAGCAUGUAAUACAUUUUUUGAUGAUACUGAUACAUUUUGGUAAUUACAACUGAUAUUUAUUGACAUUGACAAUGAAAUAUUUGUCAAACAAAACAAAACUAACAUAAGACUUAACUAACUAGAAAUAAACUGGCAAGAAUCCGGAAAA